GGCGUGAAAGGCGAUUGAACGACACACUUUGGGAGAGCGAGAGAGUACCACCACUGCCUCUCCUCCACUCGAAUAGCCUACAUCUCCUCUCGAAUACAUACAUAUCUGUAGUAGAUUAUAGUGCGCUCUGGACAGAAAACGCAUUACACCGCGGUAUUUUUUUUUACAAAGAAUAACUGGUCAAGUCAACGGAUACAUCCUAUUUCAAUUCACUUGAGGACCGGACUAUACUACUACCCGCGAAUAAACGGACGAUGGCGGUUACUACCUGUACACGUUUUACGGACGAUUUCCAACUAUAUGAAGAACUCGGAAAGGGAGCGUUUUCAGUGGUGCGCCGCUGUGUCAAACUGUGCACUGGCCAGGAGUACGCUGCCAAAAUCAUCAAUACCAAAAAGCUCUCAGCCAGAGAUCACCAGAAGCUGGAGCGAGAAGCCAGGAUCUGCAGAUUGCUCAAACACUCCAAUAUCGUUCGUCUCCAUGACAGUAUAUCAGAGGAGGGCUUCCACUACCUUCUGUUUGACCUAGUGACAGGUGGAGAGCUGUUUGAGGACAUUGUGGCCAGAGAGUACUACAGUGAAGCAGAUGCCAGUCACUGCAUCCAGCAGAUCCUGGAGGCCGUGCUACACUGUCACCAGUCGGGUGUGGUACACAGAGACCUCAAGCCAGAGAACUUGCUGCUGGCCAGUAAGUGUAAGAACGCUGCAGUGAAGUUGGCUGACUUUGGACUGGCCAUCGAGGUGCAGGGAGACCAACAGGCAUGGUUCGGUUUUGCAGGUACCCCAGGCUACCUAUCUCCAGAGGUACUGAGGAAGGAGGCCUAUGGUAAACCUGUCGACAUCUGGGCCUGUGGUGUGAUCCUGUACAUCCUGCUAGUGGGGUAUCCUCCAUUUUGGGAUGAGGACCAACACAAACUCUACCAGCAAAUCAAAGCAGGAGCCUAUGAUUUUCCAUCUCCAGAGUGGGACUCGGUGACUCCAGAAGCCAAGAACCUGAUUAACCAGAUGUUGACUAUUAACCCUGCCAAGAGGAUAACUGCCCAGGAGGCCCUCAAACACCCAUGGGUCUCCCAACGGUCCACGGUGGCGUCCAUGAUGCACAGACAGGAGACGGUGGAGUGCCUGAAGAAGUUCAACGCCCGGAGGAAACUCAAGGGAGCAGUCCUGACUGCUAUGCUGGUGACGAGGAAUUUCUCCGGUAAAUUUGGUAGACAGUCUACAUCUCCGGCAUCAAUCACUACUGUGUCUGGAACUACCGCUGGGAUAGUGGAGCAAGCCAAGAGUCUCCUCAACAAGAAGGCUGAUAUCAAGCCUAACAGCACGAGAAACAGCACAGUCACCAGCCCCAAGGGAACCCCCUCUGCUGCACUGGAGCCUCAGACUACUGUUAUCCAUGUGGAUAGGAACAAGGACUCAUCUGACAGCAACACCACUAUUGAGGACGAGGAUGUGAAACUGCGAAAACAGGAAAUCAUCAAGAUCACUGAACAGCUGAUUGAAGCUGUCAACAAUGGAGACUUUGAGGCCUACGCGAAGAUCUGUGACCCAUGCCUGACGUCAUUCGAGCCGGAGGCCCUGGGGAACCUAGUGGAGGGCAUGGACUUUCACCGGUUCUACUUCGACAACCUUCUCUCGAAGAACAGUAAGCCCAUUCACACCACCAUCCUCAACCCUCACGUCCACCUGAUUGGUGAAGACGCCGCCUGCAUUGCCUACAUCCGGCUCACGCAAUUUGUCGAUGGCACGGGCCGCCCACGCUCCAGCCAAUCAGAGGAGACGAGGGUGUGGCAUCGCCGGGAGAGCAAGUGGCAGAACGUUCACUUCCACUGCUCUGGAGCACCGGCCGCACCGCUGCAGCAGUAAACUGGAGGAGUAAGAGAGAGGGGAAAUGGAGAAAGAGAGUUGUAGAGUGAGAGAGGAGAGGAGGAUGGAGAGAGAUACCUGCCCCCCAUUGCAGCGCUCCCUAAUGGCCAGUGCAUGCUACUGCAGCGCAACAACACACAACCUCAACCCCUCCUGGACGGACACACACACACUAGCUGCAGCAUCUGACUGCUACUGCAACCAUAUCAAUCCAUUAGAAAUGUUUUCCGACUCAAACCAACAGUCCUGUAUUCAAGCUCUCCUCUCUCCCUCUGCUAUAGACCCACCCCCUGGCACACAUACAUAUAGGAUCUACAGUUUAAAUGUAUUACUGUAUUAUUAUUUCUAUUAUUACUAUUACUACUAUUGUUGUUAUUAUUAUUAUUACUAUUAAUAAGUAGUUGUUGUUAUAUUGACACUUUAUCUUUAAUGGUCCAGUUAAAACUCUUUAAAGUGAUUUGUCCCUGGUUUGUUCUUAAAGGCAAGCAUGACUUCUCCAGUGUUAUUCCCAGUGUCUUGUUGAGUUGUCCUCCUCCAGUGAAGUCAGAUCUUUACAUAACACACAGCCUGCACACCAACAUUAGCUACUUCAAAAUGGUGUUGAGUUACAAUUUGCGGGCUUGCAUUUUGUCCUGCUUAUUUUCAUGAUGCAAGUACGAAGAAUGGACAUUUUCCGUAGCUAAUGGCAUUUUUUUUUUUUUUUGCAUUGCGUACUUGUUUAAGGCUGCAUCCCAGCUGGCGUAUGAACUGACCACACAUUGCACAACAAACCCAUUGGAUUAGUGGUGUGUUUCCCCUGCUGUUUUGCUUGUCUUUUAUUCCGAAAUAGGGAAACUACCCUCUAAUGAACUGUAUGCUCCCGCACCCCCACCCCUUUGGCGCGAGAAGACGAGGGAAGACGAGGCAGCAUGUACCUUUCUAUAUUGUUGUUCUUAUACUUGAUUCUCUGUGUGUUUGAGCGUUGCAAAUAAUCACUGACUAUACCUUACGUUUGAAAUGAUUACACACUAUACUACAGUUUCAUCGUGGUGACUAUACUGCAUUAUUUGCAUGAAUUUGAAACAUGACCAUAAAUUUGGUGUUAUUGUUAAUUGUGUGUAUUUUUUACUGAAUGCUGGUGAUCUAUGAACUCCUACGUCUAUUUUCUGAACUUUGUAAAAGUGCAUCAAAGUAUUUUUGUCUGGAGAGUAUACCAUUAUGAGGAUGAUGAUAAUGAUGACAAAUGUGUAAUGAUGAUGCUUAUAAACAUGCUUUUGUACAGGCUCUAUUGCUGAGGCAGAGUGGGUUGGUCACUAACAGUGUUUCAUAUGGUUAUUGGUAUGAUUUUAUUGUGAACAGAUAUGGUACCUAUAUAUAUCCAGGGGCAUCAUUUAUAAAAUGUUAGUACGCACAGAUUUGAUCAGAAAUUGUCCAUAUGGCAAAAUCCACAUCAACGAUGUGGUGAUAAUAUGCAAUUUACAUAGAUUUUGCAUUAAGUUUUGUGAUUUAUAAAUGAAAAGUGUUUUUUUUGUGAACAACUAUUUAUGGGUGUUGACAUUUAAUCAUAUUUUAAGAAAUUAUUAUACAAUUGUGUGAUGGCAGAAAUGUACUAUAGGAACGAAUAACUUUUAUAAAUGAAUCCCCUGGUCCAGGGGACCCACAUCAGUGCUGGGCUGGAACAAUAACCUGCACAUCGUGCAGUUCAAUAGAGUGUACCAGUAUGUAGUGUCCCUCCCUCCCUGUUGACAUGCCUUGCUGUCUGGCAGUGCACUUAAUCCUAGGACCCCUAGGGGGAGCCACCAUAUACACUGAAGCACCUUUAUCUAAAAGGUUUAGAAAUUGGGUUAAACAUUUGGGCUUGUCUUAAGACCUGCCAUAUACACACUUUAAGGCUCCAGUCACACACAGGGCCAUGCACUUUUGUGUUUUCCCAGUAAACCCUCACCUGUGUAGUCUCAGUAAUAGGAUCAGAGCUAAUCAGGCCAGCUAACACCUUCAGGUUAAGGUCACUCAGAGAGAUGACAUUACCUCACACGGUCAUUGAUUAAACGAAAACUGUUUGUGCACGUGCGUGUAUAUUCGUCCUAUCCAGCUCUAGUUACAUAACGCCAACCGCUCCAGUAUUAGUAGAGUCCUGUUACCUUGAUUUUAAGUCCUCCUCUCAAUUGUGGGCUUUGCCAUCAGACUCACAUCAUCCACUUUCACAAGAUGGAGUUUGUAAAUGUGAAUCCAAUAUUUCUCUUCUUGGUUCUUCUUCAGUGACGAUGAAUUCUGUUCUUCCAAUGAGCAUUCCUCUAUAAUAAUGUCGUGUGUUGAGGUGUUAUACAAUAUGUUACCAAUAAAGAGAACUCUUGUCAAUGCUAAGA